AUUUAUUUUUUGUUUGUAAUAGGGUUGAAACACGAAUUUUUAUUUGUGAAUACUGGCAGUGAUAUUACCUCAUGAGGGUUAAAUCUAUUACACUUUUGAGAAAGCACUGUUUUUACUACACUGUUUUUAUGUGUGCUCCAAGGCUAAAUACGUGUAAUUUAGAGGUUAUAUAAAGCCAUUUUAUCAAAUGGUCGUGAGACGACUACAACAAGGAAGACGGAAAUCGUGUCUGUUUCCUGACAGUCAUCAAGCAGUGGGCGAGGCCUCCACAUGCCACGAAAUAAAAACAGGUGUCCCACAUCACUGCAGUGACAACUUUCAUGCUCAUCUGACAGAGAUGCUUUUUCCUGCCUUCCUCGUGCUGGCCGUCUGCCUCGCACCUGGACACUCGGGACCCACCGCAUACCUUGGUAGUUCUUUCCUUGAAGAAUGCUUUGAAGAAGCCAAAAAGAUUGUUGACGAUGCCUACACAUACUCCAGAGCAGAGAGUCUUAGGCGAGUGCGCAAGGAGGUUGUGAGUCCUCACGAUGCUCUGCGUCUGUUGAAGCAGCCUCGUGGGGAUACACGGUCCUCUGUGAGGGCCGCAGACUACAUGGCACAGACGCUUUACCUCGUGCAGGAGAGGGUCCACCGCAUCCACAAGCGCUCCCUCAAUGCAACAGAUUUGCUCUCUGCGGAGGAUCUCGAGAGGCUGAGCAUGAUAACGGGAUGCGCCGCUCAAACCAGACCUCCUCCCUGCAGCAGCACGCAAAACCUUGACAAAUAUCGCACUGCUACAAGCGUUUGCAAUAACCGACAGAACCCUCGCCUAGGGGCCUCAAACACCCCCUUCACCCGUUGGCUUCUCGCCGAGUACGAUGACGGCAUCUCGGAACCGAAAGGGUGGCAGCCCGACCGAAGAUUUAACAACUUCCUGCUUCCACUGGUUCGCCAGGUGUCCAACAAUAUCCUGAGCACGACAGAUGCGGGUGUGGUCAGCGACGGGGAGUUCUCCCACAUGGUGACCUUAUUCGGCCAGUGGAAUGAUCAUGACCUCACUUUCACGCCCUUCUCGCCCAGCAUCCGCUCUUUCAGCAACGGGAUCAACUGCGACGAGAGCUGUGAGCGCACUGAGCCGUGCAUCCCCAUCCCGAUUCCUCCUGGCGACCCACGCUUGCCAACCGGUCCUGACAGCUGCAUCCCCUCGUUCAGAUCCGCCCCCGUUUGUGGGACGGGAUUUUCGGCCUACAACUUUGGAGGAGUAGCCAACAGGAGGGAGCAGAUCAACGCAUUGACCGCGUUCAUUGACAUGGGCCAGGUCUACGGCUCUGAAACUAAUCUUGCACUCAGCCUCCGGGAUCUCAACAGCGAUGGCCUUAUGCGCGUCAAUUCCGAGUUUAAUGACAACGGACGUGAGCUGCUGCCCUUUCACCCUCUGCCGGUUAACAUGUGUGCCACACGCAGGCGGGUCACCAACGACUCCAACGCCAGAGAGGUCCCUUGUUUCAUUGCGGGUGACGUCCGUGUAGAUGAGAACGUCGCCUUGACUACAAUUCACACAUUGUUCUUGCGCGAACACAACCGUCUAGCCCGUGCUCUGAAAAAUCUGAACCCCCACUGGGACAGUGAGACACUCUACCAAGAGGCCCGCAAAAUCAAUGGAGCUUAUUCACAGGUGUUUGUAAUCCGCGACUAUCUGCCGCACAUUGUGGGGGACGAUGCCAUGCGCAGGCUGCUGGGACCUUACCCUGGUUACAAUCCCGACGUGGACCCAAGGAUCUCCAAUGUCUUCGCCACGGCAGCCUACCGCUUCGCUCACUUGGCCAUCCAGCCCAUGUUGUCACGCCUGGGCCCGGACUACAGAGAAGAUAGUCAGUUCCCCAGUGUUCCCCUGUUCAAAGCCUUCUUCACCCCCUGGAGACUCAUCUUUGAGGGUGGCAUCGACUCGCUGCUGCGUGGUUUGGUUGGCCGACCCGCUAAAUUGAACACUCAAGACCACAUGAUGGUGAACGCUCUGAGGGAAAGGCUCUUUGAGUUUGUGCAGCAUCUGGCGCUGGACCUGGGAUCCCUGAACAUGCAGAGAGGGCGUGACCAUGGCUUGCCCGGCUACAACGCAUGGCGCAGAUUCUGUAACCUGUCUGAACCCAGGAACCAGGCCGAGCUCGCACAGGUCCUGAACAACACCGACCUGGCCCGCAGGUUGCUGCAACUCUACGGGACUCCCGCCAACAUCGACAUCUGGAUGGGGGGUGUGGCGGAGCCCUUUGUCCCCGGCGGCCGUGUGGGGCCUUUGUUCGCCUGCAUCAUCGCCACGCAGUUCCAGAGGAUCCGCCAGGGUGACAGGCUGUGGUACGAGAACCCUGGUGUCUUCACUGCGAGGCAGAGAGCUGCCUUGUCUCUGAGCAGCUUGUCCAGGGUCAUCUGCGACAACACGGGCAUCACAGCCAUCCCCAGAGACCCCUUCGCCGUCAUAUCGAGAAGGAACCGAUUGGUACGGUGCCGCAACGUGCGACGCCUCAACCUGUCGGCGUGGAGAGACAGAGGCUUCUUAGAAAAUGAUCGCUGCCGUAAUCUCGCAUCAGAACCCGAAGAUGAAGACCUUCCAGAUGAGGAGGUUCUUAGCGAUGAGCAGGAUAAUGAGCUUCCACUGGAUGAUCUGGAUAACGAGCUUCCUGAUCUGGCCUGAGCGAGCCUCAGCCACUCGGCACCAUCAUUACCAAGCGCCGGUCUGCACUCAUCGUCCACACCGUCCAAUAAUUCAGUCAAGUCUACACUUCAGGUGAUCUCCAAAGAGCAGAACCAUCAUCGCCAUCUUUCCCUGCACACAAAUACUGCCACCGAGGACUCAGCAUUCUGUCUAAUACACAUCACUGGAGCACAGCGUCCCACAGACACCAGAACUUUUUUUUUUCCUAUCCUCCUUCGUAUGUGUACACAGGCGGCUGGCAAUGAUCAUGCAACAACAUUUGUUCUUUCUGUUACAGGAAUCAAUUUGUCUUAGAUCUGUUUUUAUUGUGAUGAAUAUUUAUGUCCUGUCGAAGUUUAGGCAUGCACAAAGGCUUUUUAUAAUUCUGAUGUUUCUGUUCUGCACCCAAUAAAAAUUGGAGAAAAAAAAAAAA